UGGAUGUUCGACCCGGAAACACUUCCCCGUGCAGCGUUGUGAUGGCAAAACUACACUAGCUACUGUUCGGGUUAUAAAAACAAUAAAAUAUGUUUCUGUUACUUGUUUAAUAAUGGAGUGUCUAUGCAAUAGUCAAAUAAAUUCAAGAAUAGCUAGCCAGCGUUACGAAAGUUGCGCUUAAUAAACUAACGUUAAUGGUAACGUUACAUUAGAAGCUUCUCGUUAGCUAUGUUAGCAUUCAGCUAACUGGCUAAACUAACAAGCAUAAGCGGUAAAACUCUUCUUGGGUCAGAGGUCAUUUCAAAAUGGACGUCAGCAUUGCCGUGUCGCUGAUUCGAGGCCAGAUGGGUGCCGUGGUGGAGCGAGCAGUGAACGUAGCGGUGGAGACGGUGCUGGCUGAGAUGCUCAAAGUGGUCGGAGUCAAGUUUGAGGAGCUGAAGGCCCAGUUGGCGCUGAUGAAGAGGGACGUCACGGCGUUGCAGAGGGAAAAGGCCCUGAAAGAGAAAGAGAACGACAACAUUCGGGCCAAGCUGCGCUACACCGAGCUGAAGCUGAAGUACUACAGGCAGGGAGUGGAGGAGGAGCUGCAGCAGAGGGCCUCUGCCUCCGCUCUGGUCCGCAUCCACCCGUCCACCUUCCAGCAAGCACAGAGAGGCAGUGCGGGUGUUUCCUCCACUGAGACCUCGCCAUCGUGUUCAACUCAGACCAGGACCUCUGAGGCACUGCUGGUGAGAAGCAAACAAGAAUGCACCUCUCCACAGAGCACGAGCAGGCAUGCGAUCAGAGUGCGCUGUCACUUGGAUGCAGGGGGCGCCGGCUCCGACCCGGCGGAUUUGUUGCUGCCUAUCUCAAUCUCUGUGAACACACCAACAGAAUCUGUGGACAGCAGUACAGUUUUGUUCUGUCCCACAGAAGCCACAGCUCAGAGCAAGGAUGACGACCAGCAGGGCGACUGUGAGUGGGCCGUCACUCUGCAGCCGCAUGCAGAAGGCACGGACGCCGUCCCGACCCCUCCAGCGUUCGAGGUCUUGACUCUGGAUCCGGGGGAGCAGCAGCCAGUCGCCUGCUCGUUGACCCCUGAUGUUUCCCCUCAGGCCGAUAGCUCCACUCUGCCCUCUUCUGCUCCACAGGUGAAGCAGGAGAUGGAGGAGGUGAUCUGUAUCAAGGAGGAGCCAGAGGACGAGCAGGAGGUGAUGGCCACCCUGCUCAUGGACUGCCAGGUGCAGCAGGGUCAUCUCCCAGAGUCUGAGGCUCAAGGUUCAGUCACAGAGUGGUCAGGACUCACAGAAAGCCAGAGGAAUCACACUACAGCCUUCAGCUCAGCUGGACCGAGCACCUAUGUUAUGCCUCAGUCGGCAGGCUCCCUGCUGUCGAUGGUGGCCUUGCCAUCCGGCAUCGCAGCUCGCCAGGCGGUGCGGCCCUGGACUAAGGACCUCAGCCUUUAUGAAGAAUAUAAGCUGCGCAGGAACGAGCUCCGCCGGCGGAACCUCAGCAGACGCAGAGAGCUGGAGAAGACGUUGCCUCAGCCUCUGCUGGCAGAUCUGGUGCGAGAGCGUCGAGAGAAGACCAGACUAAGGGUGGCCAGAUGGAGGGCAAAAAGAAAACUGCAGGCCUGUCUAAACCAGUCACAGGUCCUAGGUGGCGCUGCAGGUCUUUCUCAAGCUGGCUUUCCCAUCAGCAGCCAGCAUCAUCAGCUCCUCGUGCCUUGUGAACUGGCCUGUUGUGUUUCAGCUGCCACCUCCAGUAGUCAGCAGAGACAGAGCUCAGCGUCACCUCAGUCCAGCACCUUCCUCAACAACAUGUCAGCAGCAAACAGCACCUCUGCCACUCUCCCCUUCAUCCCCUCCUCCUCCUCCUCCUCCUCCUCCUCCUCUCUGCUCCCGAGAGGCCCCAGCUUGGCCCCACAUCAGCACACUGUGACAUCAUCGUCCUCUUCCUACCCUCAGGUCAGCCUAUCACAACAGAGUAUCUCUCUGACAGACGCAGAUAUCUUGCAGUGAGAUGGCCAGGUGGAGCUCAGUUAAUCAAACACAUCAUCCUUCUGCAGAUAGUUAGCUUACCCAAUGUUCAACUUCCAUUCACAACGCAAUAAAAGCAGAGACUGUGCACUAAAGACAGCAUAGCAGCAGUACUUCAGUUCCUGGUAGAUGUACAAGCACCGUAUCCUGACCCACACGUACAGACAAAAUAAUCAGAGCCAAUAUAGCUCACCUUGUCUUUGCUGUUAUACACGUAACAUUCAGUAUCAGUCGACCAAGACAGGGGUACCCAACCUGGGGGCCGCUAAGCUUCACAGGGUGUCACAAGGCCUUCUUGAUUUUAAGGGGUGUAAGAAAACUUAUAAAAUAUACACAGUAGGCCUAUAUCUGAGCAUUUCGUUUCCUCUGUGAAGAAAAGUAAAUGUAAGUAAAUAGUAAGACUGGACCAGCACCAGGGACGAGAAAACACUAAAUUUAUUAAGUAAGAUUAAAAAAUACAUAAUGCAGAGAAACGUAAUAUGUAUAACGUAAUUGUAUGAACAGAAAAUAAUCGGCUCAGAAUUCAUCUAAUCACUCGUUUUAUACAAACUUCUUGCAGUUACUGAGCUCACUGUUUUGGUUCAUUGUACAGUUUUGAAUGUAAUGUGAAAUAUCUAUAAAGUAUAUCAGUCAGUCAGUUUACUCCAUGAUAAAAAGGGAACCAGUGGACCAAGACAGCCACCGUAAACUCAUAGAAACGCAUUCACAUAAAAACAACAUUCAGAAUCUUAAAGAAACUCAUUUUGCUGUACACAGGAAACCUCAAUUAUUGAAUUCUGUUUUUUAUAGUUUAAUGUUUAUAAGUGUAUAUACGUAGAAAGCUUGAAAAGUAAAUCCACUCUAUCUCUCCUGUACAUGUUUACAUAUUUUAAAGUGAAACUGUUAUUCCAUUUGAUUGAAUUCUGUUUUGCGACCGUAUUUAAAUAUUGGACAGAAUGGGUUUUCCAGUGUGUGUUUGAUUCUAAUUAUUACACUUUGUUGUGGAGUCGAUAUAUGUACAAAGAAGCUUGUCCCUGAUGAGGACACAAAGAAAUAACCUGAGAAACUGUGUUUGACAGACACUGACUGGCAGAGUAGUUCACUGGAAACAUGUACAGGUACAGCUCAAAAAAUUUGAAUAUUGUGAAAAAGUUCAAUAUUUUUUGUCAAUCAUUCGUCUGUGCAUAGUGGCUCUUUAAUGCGCUGACUCCAGCCUCAGUCCACUCCUUGUGAAGCUCCCCCAAGUUCUUGAAUGGAUUUUGCCUGACAAUCCUCUCAAGUAUGCGGUUAUCCCUGUUGCACCUUUUCCUAACACACUUUUUCCUUCCACUUAACUUUCUAUGAAUAUGCCUGGAUACAGCACUCUGUGAACAGCCAGCUUCUUUAGCAAUGACCUUUUGUGGCUUUCCCUCCUUAUGGAGGGUGUCAAUGACUGUCUUCUGGACAUCUGUCAAGUCAGCAGUCUUCCCCAUGAUUGUGUAGCCUACUGACCCAGACUGAGAGACCAUAAAGGCUCAGGAAACCUUUGCAGGUGUUUUGAGUUAAUUAGCUGAUUAGGGUGUGACACCAUGACUUUGCAAUAUUGAACAUUUUCACAAUAUUCAAAUUUUCUGAGACUCUGAGUUUUGGGUUUUCAUUAUCUGUAAGCCAUAAUUAUCAAAAUUACAAGAAAUACAGGCUUGAAAUAUUUCACCCUAUGUGUAAUGAAUCUAUAUAAUAUAUGAGUUUCACUUUCUGAAGUGAAAAUAUUGAACUUUUUCACGAUAUUCUAAUUUUUUUAGCUGUACCUGUAAAGCCAUUUAACAAGAACAGUUCUUUCGUUUGGUACUCUGGCCAGCUCACAGGAUACACAGAUUGAGUCUCCAUGUAAUGUAAUGAGAAGCCUGAUGGCUUGUUCAGGUCUAAUAAAUGCAGGUGAAAUACA